CUGGGUGAAGGGGUCCACCGAAACGCGACUUUACGCGAUUCAAUUAAAUGCGUCUGGGCCAAGGAGAUGCGCCAACGCCAGUCAGAUUUCGCGCCCAAUUUUCCAGGCCAAUCUACCCCAAAACCGGGUGUGUGCCUCAUGGGGGAAAUGACGUAAGAUAUUGCCAAUACGUACCCUCAGGCUAAGUCCGAACGGUCCGUGUACCCCUGGCUAUCGCAUGUCACUCAAGUCUCAGUCAAUCAAACCAAACCAUCUUUAGAACUUGGACUUUCGCUUCGACCUUAUCCUUACAAAUUUGUGCGCCAUGCGCUUCGACUCUUUGAAAUGUUACACGUAACAAGCAGUUCGUCGCCGGUUGGCUCUGCCAUCUUCUCGUGCAUCGCUUUAGUUGUCAUAUCCCUCGUCGUUCUCCUUAUUUUACGAUACUAUCUCCCGCUACGAACGACACCAGCCUUUUAUCUCAUUCCCAUCUUCUUCGCCUUAUGGCUACCAACCAUUGUCGUGAUCCUCGUUCCGGUCGAUCUUGCCUCGAGCGCAGUUACUGGUGAUGAAGAGUCAAGGGGAAUAUGGCUCCCUGAGCGAGUCAUACUUGUUUCAUGGCGCAUUUCAUAUUGGUUGACAUUUGCAUUGACAUGGUUUAUUCUUCCAAUCCUUGCCGAAUACUCCGACUCUGGAUACCGAGAACCAUACGACAAGUUCAUGUACUCGGUUCGUAGCAAUGCCCAGUUUCACGCCAUCGUCUUAGGUUUUGGUUUCGUCGGGCUCAUUUACUAUGUCAUCUCCUCCGGCUUCUCCUUCAAGGUCGACGUUAUUAAGGGAACUAUUAUGGCUCUCGCAUACUGUUGGGGAUUAAUUCUCGCCAUCUACCUCAUGGGUCACGGUUUAGUAUCGAUACCUCGACGAUUCAUGCGCGGCGCAAGCAUCAGUGGACGACUACGACGACUCCAGAGCAAGGCGCCCAAGGUUUACGAAGAGAUGGAGGACUCGAUUACCAAACUUGAGGAUAUUGAGGUUCAGGUUGCGGAGCUUGGCCGACGCAAGACAGGAAGCGCAAACACAUACCGAGACUGGAUCGAAGAACUGCAAGAAAUGGCCAAUCUUCCUGAGUCGCAACCCCGAGGCACCCGAUUUGGUUCCAGCUCCGAUAACAAUAUUAUCCCACAUGUCAUCACCGAAAAGUAUCUUGCCGAUCUCACUAGGAAGUAUGUGCGCGCCAGACACGCUCGAUCUCGAUAUGUCAACGCUUGGAGUGACCUCGUUCAAGAAGCUGCCGAAACGCAAGCGAUCCUGGACUCGGCAGCAUCGAAAAAGCUCGACUUUGGCGAAGUGUCACCUCAUGCAACCUUUUGGGAAAAGACCGCCAUCCUGACACCAUAUACUCGAUACCUCUACUAUUACCAAAUCUUGCCUUAUGCUCAAGUCCUUCUCGGUUUAUCCUUGGCAGCAGCCUCGGCUUGUAUCGUCUGGUCUGAGGUCGUCAAGUUUGCAUUCCCCAAGCUUUCUAUCAUCAGAUUAACUGUGGUUCAUCAUUGGGUUGGCGAUAAGCCUGAGGUCGGCUUCGCUGGACAGGCCAUCUCGUCAUUCUGGAUCUGCUACAUGUGUGCAGCGGCACUUAUUUCGAUGACCGAGGUCAAAGUCUGGCGAGGCCGGGCCCUUGUUCGACGAAACACCGCUCAUGAGUCCGCUUUUUGGUAUGCGAUGCAGGUGGCCAAACUGACUAUUCCUAUCUCUUACAACUUUAUCACCUUCCUUUCGAGCCAGGUCUACAACAAGACUGUCUUUUAUCACUUUCUUGGACAGCUCAUCGACUUUACGCCACUAGGUCGUUAUUUUGACGACCUGUUUCCUGUGGUCGUCCUAUUCCCUGUGUUUGCUACCCUUUUUGGCAUUUACGGUCGAGUCAAACGAAUCUUUGUUGGUAUGGAUGUAAUGGACGACGAAGAAGAGAAUGGCACCACUUAUGGUACCGGAUCCUGGCGGGAAGGCCGAGAUCUCAUCUCUCGUGAACUAGGUGGAAACACCCUCUUUCAUCGCAGAGAAGAUGCACUUGCUAGAAUAGGGGCUGCUGGAACAGUUGGUGGUAGAUCUGCUCCAAUUUUGUCUAUACCAUCCGCCCAUGGCGCCGCUUCUUCUCCUGCUCGGUCUCCAGCUCGAGGUCCAGCUGCGAAUGCCCGCCGUGGCCCAGAACAUCGCUAUGGUGCAAACUGGAACGACGAGCCGCCGGAAGACGAUAACCUCUUUACCAUCAUCGGUCACCGUAUGAAAAACACCAUGGAUGGUAUCGAAGCCCCUAAAUGGUUUAACGAUAUCAAGAAGCCAAAGUGGAUGGGUGGCGACGAUGAUACUGCAGGUGCUGGAUCAUCAAGCUCGGGACCUGAUUUCCGUAGAUGGUUUGGUGGUUCUAGCGAAGGCCAGAUUCGUAUCUAGCAACAUCAUUUCUAUACAUUGGCGGCGCAAGGUCUUUUGGGGAAAAGCAAGAACUCUUUGAUUUUUAUUAUGCUUUUGUACUGUCUUAUCUUCCCUACUAAAGUCGGUAUGGAUAAACCGUCGUGGAGUUGAAGGACUAAUUAGGGUUUUAUUGACGUGUUCAUGCGUGAGUCGUUUCUUAUUGUAAGUCGGACAUGAGGAAACGGACUGGAUGCUACCUGGAUAUCAUGGAGGCAGCUAUUGAUCCUGUCAUAAGACGCUCAUAUUUUAACGUAUCGUAUUUAUAUACGCAAAUACAUAUAUAUAUAUAUAAUGCAUCGCGUUCGUCAAACUUGGUUUUAUCUAUGAAGUGAAGUCGUCCAUAUCGUCGCAAAUGGCGUCAUUGUGUUCAUGAGUCGUAAAUCUCGUUGUGGCCAAGAAUUUCCAUAAUGGCAUCAAAAUUUCAAGCAAUGGCUUCCUCUUCCUCAUGGCUUCGGGGGUGGGCUGACAGUGUUCCAGGUAUUGGCUUUACUCAUUGUCCGCUUCCUAAGGGCAAACAUGAUCUCCUUUUCCAUCUUGUCGAUAUUCUUCUCCAGGUCUGCGUCGUCCUUUUUGUGCUGCUCUUGGCGACGUUUGUCGAUAAACGUCCAGGCUCCGACUAUCAGCGCCGUUACGGGAACCGUUAUGGCAAAGUACACCCAAAGCUCAACAGAAAUGACAGGGUCGGCAUCUGCGUCAGCAAAUUAGCAAC